AUGGCAGGAAACGGUACCAGUCAUUGCAAUUUUGAUGAGAUAGAUCACUGUCCUAUUGAAGAAAUGGAAAGUGAGCUUUAUUCUGCUUUUAAGUGUAGUUCUUUGCUAGAUUAUUUAGGAGAGGAACAAGAGCUGAAACCAGCAUCUUCGCUGCCCGUAAUCCCUCAACCACAGACACCAAGAGAGCCUAUGGAGUUCUUGUCUAGAUCCUGGAGUCUCUCUGCUUCAGAAAUUUCAAAAGCUCUAGCUCAGAAGCAGAAACAAUUUUUCACUGAAAAGAAUCCCAAUACUUUUCCAGAGACAAUGAUGGCACCACAAGUAGCAGGGAAGGUGGUGAAUUCCAAAAAUUCAAGGACAGGAUCAAUAGGAAAAUGGUUUCACCACAAGGAAUUCAGUAGCAGUGCAGUGAAGAAGAAAGACAAAGCACGCACGGAAAAUGCACAUAUGUAUUCUGCUGUAUCUAUAGCCGGACUAGCGGCAGCCUUGGCUGCGGCGACCGCUGCAGGAAAUUCCAGUGGCUCCAGCUCCAAAAUGAGCAUGGCUUUGGCCUCGGCUACAGAGCUCCUCGCAUCACAUUGCAUAGAAUUAGCAGAAUCAGCUGGAGCUGAUCAUGAUCGUGUGGCUUCUGUUGUGAGAUCAGCAGUAGAUAUUCAAAGUCCUGGUGAUCUAAUGACCCUUACUGCAGCAGCAGCGACAGCUUUGAGAGGAGAAGCAGCUUUAAAAGCAAGAUUACCGAAAGAAGCAAGAAGGAAUGCUGCUAUAAGUCCUUACGAUAGGGGAAUGGCAGACACCCACUGGACUUCUUUAAAUGGUCCAUUGGAAGAACAGGGUCCUCCCUGUGUGGGUGAACUAUUGCAACACACAAAGAAAGGAGUGUUGCGAUGGAAACAUGUCACGGUGUACAUCAACAAGAAAUCUCAGGUACAUACUCUAAAUUGGAGACAAGUUGGAGCAAUAGUCCUAAUUAAGAUCAAAAGCAAACACGUUGGAGGAGCCUUGUCCAAGAAGCACAAAAGUGUUGUUUAUGGAGUUUGUGACGAGUCAACAGCAUGGCCAUAUAGAAAAGAAAGAGAAAGUACUGAAGAAGUGUACUUCGGCGUUAAAACAGCACAAGGUCUGCUAGAGUUCAAGUGUAAGAGCAAAGUUCACAAGCAGAGGUGGGUUGGUGACAUCCAAAAUCUUCUUCGACUAGUCAGCUGUGUGGAAGCAACUGACCCUCACUUAAAUGUCUAA